GGUCCAAGUGUCAGAUGGAGAGCAGUGGGGUUCGCGGAAUGAGGAGCACGUAAACAAGAGAAUCUCGGGCCACGUUAGAUUAGCCAACGGAUUGGGUGGCCAGCAGCAGGAUGAUCCGGCCCUUCGUCACGCUGCUCUACUUCCUGCUGACCAGUUCGUCCAUCGUCUUCACGGCCUGCGUGAAUAAUGUGACGGGCACCAGUUCGCCCGGACCCGGUCCCAGCACCUCGCUGACCAGCGGGCACAUCCACCGCACGGCGGCAGCCAUCGAAAGGGUGAACAAGCUGUGGUGCUUCGCCUGCCACACGAUGGAUGAUGGGGAGGCCUGCGUGGACGUGGCGAUCCGGAACGAUUCCGCGCUGAUGAAGAAGUGCCAGGGCGAGGAGUUCAUCUGCAUGGUCAAGCGAUUCUCGUACACCACCAGCACGGAGAACUCCACCAGUUCGCCCAAGAUGUGGUCCCUGGACCGGCGAUGUACCGCCAACUGUGAGCCCGGCUGCAUCAUCAUUGGCGAGCGGACCAAGCUCUAUUCCUGCACCUCCUGCUGCGAGGAGUCCUUCUGCAAUACGGGCCGAGGUGCUGCCUCCGGGAUCUUCCAUCGCGAGGACACGGGCAUCGGCACACGGCUCUUUUGGCUGGCCGCCCCCUUUUUGGUCAACAUGUCGCUGGUCCUGUACAAACGGCACGCCGGCCACGUUCUCCUCAAGCUGCAAUAGGCCUACGGGUCACCUCACAGAAUUUAACGCUCCACACUGAACUCAACUCCACUACAUGCCAAAUCCUAGCUAGCUUUAGUUCGAUGUCUCCUGUAAUGUAGAUAGGCCGGGUGAUAAAGGAGCUACAGCUGGCUCAGACAUCCAACAAGGCGGGAAAUCCUGAACUGGACCCUUGUUUCUGUAGGCUAGUACUAAUAUUAUAUUUUACCAUGGAUUACUUUUAAUUAAAAUUAGAUUUCCCAGAU